GGAAUCCUAGGGUUUUCCAGCUCGCCACUUCCUGCGAUCUUCCCCCAAAAUCAAAAGCCUUGAUCCCAGAAAUAGGCCUGAUCUUUCUCCAAAUUCAUCCUAGUUCAUGAAAUUUCAGGUAAAUUUCCUCGUUUUGAUGUGUUUCCAUGUUUUUAGAUCUUAAAUCCAUGCAAUAUCAUGCCUAGGAGAGGUGAAUUUGAUUCGAAUUCCAAUCCAAUUUCAUCUGAGUUCUCAUUUCCAUCCGAAUUCAGCAAAAGGGGUAUCUUGAUUCCCAGAUAUUCUGCUCCUGUUAGCAGUUUCUGCUAGAUUUAGGAAUGGAUUUGGGAGAUGGGUCUUUGAGAUCUGGGACUGAUGUGGAAGAAAAUCUUGGAAAAGAGGCCAGUUUUGAUGAAAUUGAGCUUGGAAUUGAUGGGUCUUCUUCUGUUAAUGAAAUUGGGGAUUUGGGUUCUGUCAAACAAUCCGUGAAGAUCGAGAAUUUAGAGAAAUCCGUGGACGGCAGCGAAAUCGAGAUUGGGAUUAAUGGGUGUUCUUCUGUUAGUGAAAUCGGGGAUUUGGGUUCGGUCGAUCAGGGUAUAAAGAUUGAAGCUCUAGAGAAAUCGACAGAUCCUGAUGAAACUGAGAUUGGAACUAAUGGGUCUCCGUCCAUUGGUGAAAUUGGGGAUUUAGGUUCACUCAAACAUGGAAAGGUCGGAACUUUAGAGAAAGCAUUGCGUUGUGAUGAAAUUAAGGUUGAGAAUAAUGGGUCCCAUGUCGAUGAGAUUUUGAAAAUUGACAAGUCUCUAGAAAUGAAUGGGGAUGGAACUGAACGUGAGAAAGUGGUUGGUUUAACGUUGAAGGGAAUUGGGUCUCCUUCUGAAAAAGGGUCAGAAACUGCAGAAAGGACUGCGUGUUUUGAUGAAAUUAAGCUAGAGAGUAGUGGGUCUCCUAUUGAUGAGGUUGGGGUCUCGGCUGGUGGUGGUGGACAGCAUAGAGUCGAAACCCCGACCAAAACAAAUGUUAAAGGUGUUGAAAUUGAGAAAGCAGUAGAAACUCCGUCAAUAGCAAUUGGGUCCCUCUCAGGAGGCUCCAGUGGGACGCCAGUGUUGAAAGGUUAUGGAUUGAAGAAAUGGAGGAGGAUAAGGAGAGAUCCUGGUAAGGAUGGUAUCAGUGGGGGAGAUCCUAGUCGAAUUCUGAAGCGUGGGCUGUCUAAUACUGAUCCUGCAAAAGCCCGAGAUUCAUCCGUCGAUCACAAACAGAAGAGCGAGGGUGCGGGUUCAGUUUCAUCUGUGAAUUCAGCAAUGAAAAAUAUGGUUUUCUCCGCUUUGCCGAUUGGUGGCUUGGAUUCAGAGUUUAGGUUGGCAUUUGGGAGCACUUUCCCCAUCGGGACGGAUUCCGAGAACAGCGAGGAUCGGAGUAGCAAGUCAACAGCAGGUAGUGCUCCAAAACUAAAGCUGGAACUGCCAACAACAAUUGGAUCUACUAAGGAGAGAAGCAAGGUGAAGAAUCCGAGUGGGAGGGGUUCAGGUGGUGCCGCUCAUUGGGCCCAACAAGGGAAAGGAAAGGUCGAAACCAGCAAGAAACUUAGAGGAGAAAGGGUUAGAGCUGAAAAGGAGAACUCAUACUCUAGUGUCGAAUCUGACUUGAGAAGCUCCAGUGCAGCCUUUAUGCUGGUGGGUGGUUUUGCUGGGGUUGGCGAUGGAAGGCAGAGAGAGAGGUCGUUGAAUUACAGUGGAGAGAACAGCGAUGAAGUGCAGGUGAGUGAGCCACAGUCUAGCGAGGAGGUUCAAGUGGAUUAUUACAAGGAAAAUGGGGAAGAAGUUGAGGUUGUUUCAAGAGAAGAUAUGGCAGCUGAUGUGUUGGGAGAGGAGAAGAAACAAGAAAGCGAGAACGGCAGGCUGCAUGUGGAUCAGGAUCCUUUGAUCGAGUCUAUCGUUUUGCUCCAGACUGUGCAGGAAGCACUUGAAAAAGAAAUUAAAGAAUUCGGGGAGAUUGGGAAGGGAUCCAUUUCACUGAACAAUGGCUCCAGCCAUGCAGGUGGCCUGUCUCACCAUGUGCUUUUUGAAGAGAUGGAGGAGAGUGAUUCACCGCCAUUUGAAUCCCAAGUAAGUAAACUGACCCAGAACGUGAAUCUUCUCCAGCACAAAUUGGAAGAGAUGUCAGCAGCUCUCAAGGUCAAGGAAUUGGAAGUGCUCAUGCUUGAGUCGGUUCGAAACAAAACCCAAUUGCCAGGACACAAAACGGAUAGCAAUCUCCUUCAAGAGCAAGAGGUUGAACUUGAGGAUCUGUUCAAGAAAAGGAUAGAGGCUGAAGUCGAGUAUCUGAUGAUGACAAGGACAACCCAGAAGCUGAAAGUCACUGCGGAGGACCAAAUCUCUCUAUCCCAAUCCCUGGCCAAGGAACAAGAUAAAAUGCUUCUCAAGCUGAGAGAAGCCGAAAACAAGGCUAGCAUCCUGAAGGGGCAGGCAGAGGAGUUGGAGGCUUCUUACAAGGAGCUGUUAGGAACUAAAGAGGUUUUGAAGACAAAGAACAAUGUCUGUAAGUAUAGCUUGUGCCUUUUUAUACAGUUGGUGAUGCUGUGUAUAGUUUUUGGGUUGUUUCUCAUGCAGCUGUUGCCAAAUUCUACUGAGUAUGUACCCACCUAAGCUGAUUAGGAAAAGAAGAAGAAACCCAUCUUUUUUUCUUUCUUUUUUUAAAUUGUAUUUUCGUAGUUGUAGAAUGUUGAAGGCAAGGGUUCCCAUCCUUCCAUACCAGUUCUAUUAGAAUCCAAUCCUUGAAUCUA